UCAAUGGCGUCGUCAUGCCAUGAGGUGGAGGUGCCCGGGAAGCCGACGGAGACGGGGACGGCGCUGCUGGAGACGGCGACGGGCGCCAUCCAGGGGUUCGGCCCCGUCAACCAGAUCCACCAGCACCUGUGCGCGUUCCACUUCUACGGCGACGACAUGACGCGGCAGGUGGAGGCGCACCACUUCUGCGCGCACCUCAACGAGGACGUGCGGCAGUGCCUCAUCUUCGACGGGCCCGACGCCGGCGUGCGGCUCAUCGGCGUGGAGUACAUCGUCUCCGAGGCGCUGUUCCUGACGCUGCCCGACGGCGAGAAGCCGCUGUGGCACACCCACGAGUUCGAGGUCAAGGGCGGCGUGCUGUUCAUGCCGGGCGUCCCCGGCGUGGUCGAGCGCCGCGACCUCGAGAAGGUCUGCAAGACCUACGGCAAGACCAUCCACUUCUGGCAGGUCGACCGCGGCGACGCGCUCCCGCUCGGCCUGCCGCAGAUCAUGAUGGCCCUUACCCGCGACGGCCAGCUCAGGCAAGACUUGGCCAAAUGUGUGGAGGACAAGUUCAGCGUGUCGUUCCAGAAGGAGAGGGAGAACAGAGCGUACAUGAGUGGCCCGGAUCACGGCAUCCACCCGCUGGCGAACGCCGCUGGCAAGGGCUUGAAGACGCAUCUCCGCGAAGUCGAUCUGCCGGCGACGACGACCGCUGCGCACGCGGGGAGGGUUUUCACUUGAUGGCGCUCGUCUCGACGAUUUGAUCGAUGUUCGUCUCUCUUUGACGGCUGCAAUAAUGUUGUAUCCUAGUAGGAGAUAGAUAGGCUAGUUUAGCGGUGUCUUCACGUAGCCCCCAAAAGGGUUACUUUUGAGCGUUGCUCUGGAAAAGGCAGUAAUUUCAACCACUGAAAGAAGCACUAGAGUAUCCAAGUUUCAACCA